AUGGCUCUUGUUAACAUGCUUGGUAUUAUUUCUGGGGCAUUGGGCAUUAUCUCAUUUGGUUUGGAUCAAUUCGCCCCAGGAUCUGACCACUCCGGCUCGAUCAUCAAGGUUGCCGUUGCACUUGAUGGACCGCAAGUCUCCAAUUCUGGCGGUGACCUCCCCAACGUGCGAGUAUGGAAUGAGGUCGGGGAUUUUGUUGGUAUGACUGUCGACCCUGGGAGAGUUGAAAAUGGAAAUGUGGGCGAAGUCAAAGUCCAGCACGAUAAUCAGGGAGUCUACUCUUUAUUCUCGGCCAACGAUGACGCCAUCUGCAUUGCCUGGGUGACGACACCCUGGACCGAUGACCGCGGCGGCAAUAAAUACGCUGUGACAGGCGACUUUAGCGAACCAUGCGGCGGCACUUGGUUCCCAAGCAACCUAUACAUAAGUGACAAGAAAGAUUACCAGCCCAACUGCUUCUGGAUUGACAAGAAUGGAGACCAGCCAAAGACUGGAUUCCAGGUGCGAUGGCCCGCCUACUCGGAAGACCAACAUGAUGAGAACAACAAGGACCCAAAGAGACUCUGCAAUAACAUCGAUUUUGGCUUGCGCGAGGAGGAUGACCCUAGCACAAUCAAUUUCUCUGUCAAGAAAAAGCGAAGCACGCCUUCCCGCGCUCGUCGAUCUACCCGUCGUCCUGAGUGGGCCGACUCUGAGUUGGUUAUCAGCGACUCCGAACAUCACUCGGCCAAGAAACUGUGCAUGUCUGAUUCAUCCAUGGGUCCGGACUUUGUCCAUAUUGGGGAGAAGCUCUUCUGUGACAUGGAAGCCAAGGCCUUGUAUGUAUUCUGCUCGGAUAUUAAGGGUGAAAACACGGAUUGUUUUGACUUGGAGUCCCAGACCGUUUCUACCACCGCAAAGAUGGGUACGGUGAACGUUGCUGCAGCUUAUAAGAAGUCGGAUCGUUACGCUCGGGUUCAUGAUUGGCGUUCUAACAGCACUGUGGUGUAA